GGUUGUGUUGUUGGGUGGGGGGGAAGUGUAGCUUUAAUUUCACAAAUAAGGACGUGAGUGUCAGAUUUCCCUUGCUUCACGCUGUCACCGUGUUAGCUUACUGUACAAUAGGUUAAUCAGCUGUUUUCAUCGGCACUUUUGCUUGCCUAACCGAAGGCAUUCAAUAUUUUCGACACAGUUUAUUACCAGAAUACUUCAAUGAUGUCUGGAAUGCAGUUUUUUUUAAUCCAAAAAUUCCUACAGAAUACUUUCUGGUUCCGUUUGGUGAUACGGCAGUAAUCCAUUUGUGGGUUUGCUACAAAACACCAAAGAGACUAGAGUACCUGAUGACAACCUUAUGCUUCAUAGUUACAGACGAGAUCAACUACAGCGUCGGGGAGGUAGGGGAGAAAACUCUCAAGUUGAUGCAAUGUACCAGGUCGUGCCAGGAAGUUUACCUGCUGCUCGAGAGAAACAAUCCAAAGAAGUUAAGCCAUUGAUAUGUACUAUUUUACUGGGAUUGCUACUGGUAAUUGCAGCAGUAGUUGCGUGGUGCUAUUACACUGCAUCAUUGAAGAAAUUAAACAGUUUCAAAAUAGAAGAGUUGGAGCUCUACAAGGACGGAUUUUUCAUCAAGAAUACUGCUAACAUGGUUUUAUUUGAAAUGGGUUUUAAAUCUGCUGCCAUUGACCUUGAAUCAUGUUUUCAAGAUGAAGCCAGAGGUGAGGUAAACUGCACAAAGUCUGGUGAAGAGAAGGUGGAUUUCUUUAUCAAAACCUUUAAACCCAAAGAUACCAUAACUUGCUACAACAUUGAAUGGAAGACAGUUGUAUUGGACUCUGUUGAACAUUGCAUGCAUUGGGCAGAUGGACAUUGGUAUGGAGGUGCAGAAACGAGCACACAGCAUUGGCCUAUCAAAAUUUCAGGUGUAAUGGAUCCUAAGCCAUAUGUAACAGGUGAUGUGUACUCCAUACGUGAUGGCUUCGGUGGAAUUUUAGAAAGGUAUUGGGUCUCCUCUAAAUCUGUGGCCGUUCGAGUUAAUGACUCAGUCCCUCUGCACAUUGGUUGGAACAGCUCAGACAAAGAAGCAUUUUGCCUGCAUGCUCGCUACAAAGAUUCUCCAUUUCAACCACCCAUAGGAAAACAACCUUUUGUAGAACUAAGUUAUCAAGUCUGUAUUGGUUCUGAUUUAAAAAUUAUCCAUAGAUACAUGGCCAAAAAACAUUUCAGAAAGCCUGCAAUUACGCCUUCAGAAAUUAUGUUCAGGUACCCUAAAUGGUCCACAUGGGCUCUGUUUAAAACUGAAGUGAACCAGGAUAAAGUUUUGCGUUAUGCGGAAAAAAUCAAGAAGUAUCAAUUCAACUUCAGUCAUAUUGAAAUAGAUGAUCAAUACUCCAGUAGCUAUGGAGAAUUUGACUUUGACCCAGUGAAGUUUCCAAAUGCUUCAGAACUGCUUCAAAAACUCAGGGAUGAUGGAUUCCAGGUGACAUUAUGGGUGCAUCCCUUUGUUAAUUAUAAUUCUCCCAGUUUUAUCAAGGGUGUAGAAAAUUCUUAUUUUGUGAUGGAUCCCAGUGGGAGAUUUCCUGCCUUUGUGGAGUGGUGGAAUGGUAUUGCAGCAGUUUUGGACUUCACCAAUCCAGAAACCACAGAUUGGUUUCAGAAAAGAUUGGAAUACUUAAGGUCAAAGUAUGGGAUUGUGUCUUUCAAAUUUGAUGCGGGUGAGACCAGUUACCUUCCUGCAAAGUUUAGCACUCACAAGCCUCUGUCUGAUCCUAGCAUGUUUAGUAAGAUGUAUGCAAAAAUUGCAGCUUCGUACUGUAUGUUGGCUGAAGUGAGAGUAGGAUAUCACACACAGAUGCUUCCUUGUUUCAUUCGUAUGAUUGACCGCGAUUCUGUUUGGGGAUAUGAGCUUGGUUUAAAGUCUUUGAUUCCAACUGUCCUCACCAUGGGUAUUUUAGGAUACCCCUUCAUAUUGCCUGAUAUGAUUGGAGGAAAUGUUUAUCCAAACAAAACUGAUAGCCCAGAUGAGAUUCCAGACCGUGAACUUUAUAUUCGCUGGCUGGAACUGUCAGCUUUUCUUCCAGCGAUGCAAUUUUCUAUUCCUCCUUGGCUUUAUGAUGAGGAGGUUUUGAAAAUUGCAUAUAAAUUCACACAGCUCCGAGAAAGUUUAGUUGUGCCCCUUGUCCUUCGGUUAGCAGAGGAAACCACAAAGACAGGUAAUCCAAUUAUAAGGCCCCUUUGGUGGAUUGCUCCAGAUGACAAAAUGGCACAAACGGUAGACACACAGUUUCUCAUUGGGGAUUAUCUUAUGGUAGCCCCCAUUCUAGAAAAAGGUAAAGAGGCGAGAGAUAUCUACCUUCCUGAUGGUAAAUGGCAAAGUUUCAAUGGAGAUCUUUUUGAUAAGACACCAAAUUUGCUAACGGACUUUGCAGUUGACCUUGAUGAAGUGGCCUAUUUCAUCCGUAUGAUCUGAUUUCUUUGUUUUAAAGUUUGGAUUAUUUCAGUAACUAGUUAAAUGAGAUUUUUAUUUAAAACAAAUGAUUACAGUAGCUAUGUUCAGACAUAGAAAUUCUUGGAUUAUCGACAGACAGACGUGUUAAUGUCAUAUUUGGGGCACCUUCAAAUUUUAAGAGUUUUUAAAAAAAAUCUCUUUCCCUAAAUGAACCUGGCAUUACUUUACGUAAUGACUCCAACUAAAAAGAAAAUAAGUGUACAAUAAAGUGAAAUGAAAUCAAGUAUUUUUUUCCAAAAUUUCUUUUAAAGAAAAGGCUUAUUUCUGUUAAAAUCAAAUGAGGUGAGAUAGCAGGGAAUUGGGUGAACAAAUCCAAGUCUUGUAUUUUUAGUAAGUCAGAAAUCCUAAAUUAUUUUAGCAAGUCACAUAUCAAACAAAACACAGUCUAUUUUGUGUAUUAAACUAAUUUGGAUGAGGUGGUGGAAAUGUCACUGAAUUCAUAAUUCAAGGGACCCAGGUACGCUUUGGGACUUGGGUGCAAAUCUCACCAUGAUGAUUGAUUGCAAAAAAAUCUUAAGAUGAAAGUUAAUUUCGUGAUCUUUAUUGAGACAAUCAUUGUGAAAACCCAUCUGGUUCAUUCAUAUCCUUUUUACCGUCCUGACCUAGUUUGACCUACAUGUGACUCCAGAUUCAUAGCACUUUGGUUGACUCUUGGCUGCCCUCUGAAGUGGCCUAAUGGAGAUUCAGUUAAAGGGCAUUUGAGGAUGAACAAUAAAUGCCAGCGAUGCCUGCAUCCUAUUAUAAGUUAGAAAAUAAGCCGAGAGCAAUUGAAGUAAAACUAGCUAUUGCCAAAUAGGGGGCAUAUAGGAGAGACUGCAGGAAAUCCUACAUUUUCCCAAAUGUCUUACAAACCAGUGAACUGAAAUUAGUUUUGUAGUAAAAUUGGCAAAGUGAGUCUUUUCUCGCUGCACCUGCUUUCUGCUCCCAUUUGUGCGAAACAAAUCAGAACAAAAACCCAGUAUUGAUCGUGAAAAUUAGUGGCCAUCAUUACCUGAGAAUGGUAAAACUUCUAGUGUGAGGAAAUUUGGACAUUAUGGAUCUUUGAAAGUGAAUUACAAAUGGAAAGACAAUAAAAUUGACAGUAGGUUAUAGUUGUGAGAAAUGUAAGGAACUAGAAAACUAUUAACUUUCUCUGCUUCCAGUGAUGGAAGAAUCUAACCCACAACAUUUUGAGAAUAUAUGGGGGGGAUAAAAAAAACUUGUUGUUAACACUGCGAUACAGACUCUCGAGAUUAGGAGCAGAAGUCAAAGGCUAGAAGACUCUUAAAAACCAACAGAAAUGUGGAUGCUGUAAAUCAGGAACAAAAACAAAGUUGCUGGAAAGGCUCAGCAGGUCUGGCAGCAUCUGUGAAGGAAAAAAAUCAGCAUUAACAUUUCAGUUCCUGUUCUGAGGAAGGCUCACCAGACUCAAUGUUAAUACUGAUUUUUUGUUUUUCCUCACAGAUGUUGCCAGACCUGCUGAGCUUUUCCAGCAACUUCUGUUUUUGUUAGAAAACUCUUCUCAGACACAAAAUUAUUAGAAAAUUGGAUGUGUUACACAGUGACUUUGAAGUUUGGGUGAAUUAUGUAUUUAUAAAGGAUGCAAGGAGAAAACAAUGGAAUGGGAAAGGAAUAGAUGGCACCAGAUGAGGAAACCCCACAGAUGCACUUGGCUGAGUGACAUCUCUGGGACUGAUAUUUUCAGUUAUUUCCUGUUAUAGUUGAAGGAAGUUUGAAGCAUGAGGAAUGUGAUUUCGCUAAUGUAAGGGCAAGGAAGCAUUAGACAAUGUAAGUUUUAAAAUUUGUUGAAUGCAUAAGUGAAACAAAACACCUGCAAGUGUUAGUCACCUUGUAAGUCACCUGCAAGCUCUUGUUCAUGUUGCACAACAUUCUGACUUUGAACUAUAUCACUGUCCUUUUGCUAUUGCUGGGUCAAAAGUCUGGAGCUUCCUUCAUUACUAGUAUCAUGGGUGUACCGAAACUACAAAUACUGUACCUAUGGAAUUCAGCGGUUUAAGAGCAAUAACCACCACUUUUUUCAGGGCAGUUAGAGAUGACUAAUAGAUGCUGGCAUUGUAAAUGCUUACAUCCCAUGAGGACAUUUUAAUAAACUAAAAACAAUCCAUUAAGCCUAGACAUGAUCUUGCAAAUACUGUAGCAUGUAGGCUGAAUGGACCACUAUUAUUCGUUGUGUUUUUAAAGAAAAGUCUGAAGUUAAACUUAAUCAAAUCAUACAUUUUGAGCCAUACUCUGUUUGUAGUCUUUUCUCACUGCACCUGUUUUCUGCUCCCAUUUAUGUGAAACAAAUCAGAACAGAAACCAGUAUUGACCAUGCAAUUUAUUGGCCAUCAGUGCACCCUUUUAACCCAGGAUCCAUACAGAGCAUACAAGACUGCUGCUGUGAAACAACAGAUCUUCUCAUGUAAUGAUGACCCCAUCCCUUCCCUUCCCCUGUAAAAGAAGUAACUUAAAUCAAGAUAAAAUAGCGCUUUUAAAAAGAAAUCAAGUCAACCUGUAACACUCUUUGGUGAGGAAAAUUAUCUCUGUCACAACUGGAAUAAAGCCAAAGUCUGAUUAAAUGCUCCCAACAACCUAAACUUGCACAAAUAAUAGGCCAGCAAACAAAACAAAAAAUAAAUCUUUGCAAAGGGUUCUCUCCAAUAAUCUCUGUCACAGAAAACCAGGACAGCAAAAUGCCUGGUUAGCCCAUCAGUGACUUAUGAAUUACUAUGUUAAACUAGCUCAGUACCCAUGUAUGUAAAUAUCAGUAUACAUAUCUUUUCAAGGAUAGUUGUGGUAUAUCUAGCUUAAAAAUUCAGGAUAUCAAAAAUCUGAAAAUAUGUUUGUCCUGAUCAAAACUUUUGAGCUCUACUAGCUUAAUAAAAUAAACCUUUUGUUCCUAAUUAAUUAAUUAGAAUAUUUUGUUGAAUACCGACUGCUGUAGUUUUGUCACCAGUACUAUAAUUUUAAAAAAAACUCCCAUUUAGUUCUUUUCAGAAGUGAGUGAGAAAUUCAAUUAAAAUCUUAAUUGAGCACAACACCCAAUGCAUGAACAAAAGUACUCAGGAUAUUUUGCUUUUAGAACUACAACUAUUACAGGAUAUGGAAGGGAUGUGAUUUAGCUCUGUGUAAUUCAAUUUUUGCUGUACUUCUCCAAUUAAAUCCAAUGUACAGUUGAAAAAUUGCUUGUUAGUCAUGCAUGCAGCAUAAAUUAACCGCAAUCUACUAUUGUUAAUUCUGUAUACUCCGUUUCUCAAUCGCAUCCCGCCCCUCUGUUAUAUCAUUCAAAAACAUUUAGUUUCAAAUGUUGAUAAUAACAGCAGUGGAGAAAUCAAGAAACAGGGUUAAAUUUUCAGACUAUCUAUCCAAUAUCCAGGACUGGAUAAGCAUAAAUUUAUUCAAAUUCAAUAUCAAGAAGACAACAUUGUUUUCAGGCUCAACUCCAAACUCUGUUCUCCAGUUACCAAUUCCAUUCCUCUCCAUGGCAACAAUGAAAUUAAGCCAGUUUGUUCGCAACCUUGGUGUCACACUUCAUCCUGAGAUGAUGAGUUCCCAAACUCACUCAUGCCACAACUACAAUCGCACAUUUCAACUUUUAACAUCACUCAGUUACAUCCUGGUCUCGGCUCGUCCGCUCCAAAACCAUCAUUUGUACCUUAUUUUUUGUUUCUUUUAGACUUGCCUCUUACAACGCACUCCUGGCUGGUCCCCCUAUAUCACUCAUGUGAGUACCUGAGAUUAUCCAACUCAGCUGCUGUUGGUCUCAAUUUGCUGGCGGUCUCGUUCCCCAUUUGCCCCUGUGGUCACAUUUGGCUCCCAGGCAAGCAACAUCUUUUUAAAAAAAAUUCUAGCCUAUCUUUUCAAAACCCUCCAUGUCAUAAGCCUCUCUAUCUUUUCAGUUCCAGAAUCUUCCAAGGUAUUUAUCUUCCCUAAUUCUAGUCUCUUAUGCAUUGCCAGUUUUGAUCACUGUGCACCAUGCACUUCUCUGCCUAGCUUGUGUCCUUUUAAGUCACUUAACUUUUCUCUGACAAGCUUUUAAUCAUCCCAAAUUUUUGUGCCUCAGUGUCAUACUUUGUUUUAAAAAGCUGCUGUGAGCACCAUGUCGACGUAAGUUGGCAUUUUUGAUGUAUAAAAUAUUCAACUUAUCCAGUAGUUCAAACUAGACAAUUCAACAAAUCUAAUUAAUAUAGCAAGCAGAAAUAAUUUUAAAAUAAGAAGACUGUAGCACAUUAGCAAAAUUUGAACAUUCUGAAGACAUGCAAUACAAAUUUGACAUUUACAACAAGCUGAUUAUAUUCUGCAUCUUGCCAACCAUGCACUUAUAAAUUGCCACUUCUGUGUUGUACAGAGAAAUAUUCCAGCAAGCUCCUUUUGUGGAAAAUUUCCUUCGAAAUAUCACAGAACUGGACCUUGUUUCUCUGGUGGAGCCAGAUAUCUUUACCUCUGCUUGCUUAUUGCACUCAGUUACGUGGUCCUUGUUUUCUCUUGUGUAUAUUGGCAGUUACAUUUGUCCCAGUGACAAAAUUUUGAAUCUGAAACCUACGUCCAUUGGCAAAUCUAACAGACAUUUCUUUCACCAAACUGUGGUGUUUCAGAAUCUGUGUGUGAGAUCCUUGGCUGAUAGACAUAGCAGCUGUCUCCUCUGAUGGAAAGAAUUUUCAUUUCUGGAAGCAGUUGCGAGUCAGUUCUGCUGAAAGCUGCUUCCUCAGUAGAUGAACCAUUUGGAUUAUUUGCAGGUGAAUAAUAGAAAUGAUUUGUGAGCAUCAUAUGCAGCAUUUACUUUUCAAUACUGUUGAAGGUAGUUUCAUUAUGUUAUUUACACCAUCUGUUAGAUGGAAUAUUCAACUUAUCCGGUAGUUUAAAUUAGUCAAUUCUAAAACAAGUGAAGCAACAAUUUUAAAAAAAAGCUCUUCUUGGCAGUAAAAAUAUCAACUGUCAAACUGUUAGCUGUUAAGAUGACUUUCCUGCUGCCUUUUCCCAGGCUUUUGGAAAAUUUUGUGCAGUCCAAUCGAUCUCCACUAAUCUCUGUCUGUCUUAUCGUAGGGUUUUAAAUUAAUGAAUGAUGCUGACAGAUUUGGAAACAAUUUUCUUUUGAUUUAAGCUUUCAGUACAUUGUUUCAAUUAAAAUUAAACAACUUGGAUUAUGAGUACACCAUAGCAAAGGUUGUAGUUUAGAAGAGUGAGUUUAUGGAUGACAAUCUUACUGAAGUUUUUCAACUUGCCGGGUGAAUAUUUUUAUUAAUGCACCUCAUUUUCUACCUCUGAAAAUCUGUUACUGUAAACUUAAUUCACAGUUACAAUAAAUACAUGAAAAAUCAUCAUUCUUUGGAAGACUUGCAUCAGUCUUUUAAUGUUUACAGAAACUUUUUAAUGCACCAAAGUAACUAAUCAUAGGCGUUACAUAUACUUUCAUGAACAUGAUACCAGAAAUUUGCUUUCUUGGAUUAAUGUAUGCUGUGCAAUACAGUAGUGGGCUUCAUUUAGAUCUGGGUUUGAAAAACUAAGUUUAAGCUGUCCCUUGUUUUUUGAAAAAAAAAACAUGAUUCCUGCACUGUACAGAAUGCAGAUGUGGGAGGGAUAAUAGACAAAUUUGGAGAGAAAAUAUUCAAGCAUCUGCUUAUUAACUUCAUACUUUAUGGAUCAAUUGGAGCAUAUUUUUUAAAAAAAUGUUCAGCUGUAGUUUCUUGAAUGAUCAAAAGACAUCUUGUACCUAUACAAUUUGAUAGGUCACAGGUUUGAGCCGCUUAACUUCAUCCUCCAGCAAUCAUUGAAAUACUGUAGAAUGCUUCAGUAAUAUGGUUGGAGGUGAGAAAGAAAAGCAAAAUCCUACAUCUGAUCAAAUGACUGGAGCUAGAAAGUUUGCUAAUAAUGAUUAGGAAAAGGAUGUGGCUCCACUGUAAUGUCCUCUAUGUUGCUAUUAGUGUUGAUCUGAUACUUGAAUAUUGCUCAUACUUUUGGAAUUGCACUCCAGCAUUUGUCUGCACCUCCUGAAAGGAAGGGGAAGUAGGAUAUAACAAUAAUUUUCAAUUUAAAGCUAAUUCCUAAAUUGUCUCUCAUGAAUUUGUUCACUUUACUUUGCCCCUGACAUGUGCUCAAUGAAAUAAGGUGAAGAUAUCUUCCAGUUUAAGUUUUAGCUGUGGUCUUGUCAUUUUAGUUUACUGUAGAUUCAUUCAUGAACAUUGUCAUAUGAAGAUUAAGAGAUAUCUAUAUCACACUUCGACAAAAGCGUUAAGUUCUUUUAAACCAGCACUGAUACGUAUUAAUAGCAAAAGUAUGAGACAAAUUUAAAAGGUGGAUUAAGAAAUGUUAUGUUUGGGGCUUUUUACAAACCAGUGAAGUAAUAAUAAAUAUCUGCAAUUAAUGUUUUAAAAACAUUUAACAUUUUAUUGGUUUAGGUUUGUUUCCAGUCAUACCAAGUACGUUUCAGUGCCCUGAAUGGCAUUAAAAUCUCAGAGACCUUGUAUAAACUGUGCACUUUUUGUUUAUAUCUUUUAGGGAAGCAUUAUUGUUUUCCUUUAUUUUUAAAGACUUGCAUAAAGUCACUAGUUAGCAGCUGCGAUGAUGCUGUCAUAAGCACGCUGAAUUACACAACAGUGAUCAAUGAAAUAUAACUUGCUUAACUUUUUCCUUUAGAGUUGGAUUUUCUUCUUGUCUGCUGCUGGAAAGACAUUACAAAUUGAAUACUAGCACUUAAAUGCCUUAAAAACAAAAACUAAACCAUUUUUAAGCAACGUAAGAUGUAGUGGAAAGCACAAUUCUGAAUCUAUUCUGAAUGUACAUACAAUAAUUUCAGUCUAUAAGAAAACUGAUUUUCUAUGACCAGCACAUUCACUGUGUAUUUAGUAAUGUUUAAUAGAACCUAGCCAAAAUCUAGGAACAAAGGCACAGAAUUAAGCCCUGAUAACAAAGUGUGGAGCUGGAUGAACACAA